GUGACCCCCCGGGGCCGGGGCUGUGGUGACCCCCCGGGGCCGGGGAGGAUGAUGAGAGCCCAGGAGCGUGAGAGCCUGAGAGACCAGCGCCAUCGCCUUAACCUCCACUGUUCAUCAAGCGUUGUACCGAUUGGUGAGGUCUGAAAUCAAUGGAUAAAUGUAAGCACGUGGGCCGGCUUCGGCUCGCCCAGGACCAUUCCAUCUUAAACCCCCAAAAGUGGCAUUGCGUAGACUGCAAUACCACUGAGUCAGUGUGGGCCUGUCUAUGCUGUUCACAUGUUGCUUGUGGGCGAUAUAACGAGGAACAUGCACUCAAACACUUUCAGGACAGUAAACACCCCGUGGCCUUGGAAGUCAAUGAAUUGUACGUCUUUUGCUACGUCUGCGAUGACUAUGUGUUGAAUGACAAUGCCACGGGCGAUCUGAAGUUGUUGCGGAGCACGUUGAGUGCCAUCAAGAGCCAGAAUUAUGAUUGUACAACGCGCAGUGGGAGGACGUUACGGUCUAUGGCAGGAGGCUACGAUUCUUACCUUUCUCGAGGAUGUGCACAGGCACAGCUUCGAGAUGAAGAUCAGAUGUUCACGGCGUUGUGGCACAGACGCAAGUCUCUCAUGUCUAAAGUGUUCCAGUCUUGGUUCGAGCUGACGUCUAGCGGAAAGUGGAGGCUGGAGGAGGAGCGAUUAAAGGAAGAGGCUGAUAUUAAGAGGGAAGAAGCCAGGAAAAGAAGGCAAGAGCUAAAACGGCGGCUGCAUGAAGAGUUUGUGAACUUGCCACCUCGCAAGAGUUUACGCUUACAGUUUCAGAUUAAUGAGACGCUCACUCAAAGGACGUCAGAGAAAUCAGCAGAGAUAACAACCACUCCUACCUCAAACACCGUUAAGUUGAAAAAAAUUAGCGACUCUCCUAUGAAACGCAGGCCAACCCUGACGCCUGGUGUGACAGGACUGAGAAACCUGGGAAAUACCUGCUACAUGAACUCCAUUCUCCAAGUGCUAAGUCACUUGCAAGUCUUUUGCAGGUGUUUCUUACAGCUUAACCUGAACCAAACCCAGGAACUGUUGGCUAGUGCCGCGUAUAUGAAAACGAGGUCCUGCAGUAAGCGAUCGCCAGUGGGUGAUGGCAACCCAAAUGCACCUUCGAUUGGAGAUGAGGAAAGGAGGUUGAGACGGCCAAGUUUGUCUGCGGGAUUGAGCGGAGGAGCGUCGAGGAGCAGAGACAUGGAGCUCAUUCAACCAAGGGAGCCCAGCUCUGAACCCAUCUCUCUGUGUCAUGAACUUCACACCCUCUUUCAGGUCAUGUGGUCCGGCAAAUGGGCGCUGGUCUCCCCCUUUGCCAUGCUGCACUGUGUGUGGCGGCUCAUCCCGACGUUCCAUGGAUAUGCCCAGCAGGACGCUCAGGAGUUCCUGUGUGAGCUGCUGGAUAAAGUGCAGCAGGAAUUGGAAGCCACUGGAACCAUCUACACAGCCCCUGUUCCCAUCUCUCAGAGGAAGCUAAUCAGAAAGGUUCUGAGUGUGGUCAACACCAUCUUCCAUGGCCAGCUCCUCAGUCAGGUUACAUGCCUUGUUUGUGAUAACAAAUCAAAUACAGUUGAACCAUUCUGGGACCUUUCUCUAGAGUUUCCGGAACGAUACCACUGCAGUGGGAAAGAGGCAGCAUCUCAGCAGCCCUGCUUGUUGACAGAAAUGUUGGCAAAAUUCACCGAGACUGAAGCCUUGGAAGGAAAAAUUUACGCUUGUGAUCAGUGCAACAGAAAACGCAGGAAAUCCUCAUCAAAGCCACUGAUCCUGACUGAAGCACAGAAACAGCUGAUGGUCCACCGACUACCUCAGGUUCUGCGACUGCACCUCAAACGCUUCCGGUGGUCGGGUCGCAAUCAUCGUGAGAAAAUAGGAGUACAUGCCGUUUUCGAUCAAAUACUGAACCUGGAGCCAUACUGCUGUAGAGAGGCCACAAGAUCUCUCAGUCCAGACCGCUUCAUCUAUGACCUGUCUGCUGUUGUCAUGCAUCAUGGGAAGGGCUUUGGCUCAGGACAUUACACAGCGGAUUGCUACAAUACAGAAGGAGGAUUCUGGGUCCACUGUAACGAUUCCAAACUGGCCAUCUGCACUGUGGACGAGGUGUGCAAGGCUCAGGCGUACAUCCUGUUUUAUACUCGGAGAGUUACACACAACAUGAACCCAUCACCUCCCGCUUCACCCUCCACACCAGCAGUGCCCCAAGGAGCAACCUGAUUGUGUGGUUCAAUGCAGCAACAACACAUGACAUUUAUACAGUGCCUUUUAUGUCAGGAGGACAUCCCAAGGCCCUGGACAUUCAGGAAUGUGGACCCAAGCUGGCGGUUAGGAUUAGGAGGGAUGGAGGGCCGGGAGGGUAGGGGUAGGAUGGUGACCA